AUGGUGUGCGCGGCGUGCGAGCGAAAGCGACGCGCGCGCGGCGACGACGCGCUCGUGCACAGCCGACCGAUGUCGCGGCGGGACCUCGCGCUCGAAGGCGCGCGCGCGCUCGACGCGCGAAGGCCGGUGAACGAGAACAAGGCGCUCGCGGCGAUGCGACGGACGCCGUACGGCCGACCGGGCGAGCGACGCGCGACGUGCGCGGUGUGCCGGUGCGCGCUGCGGGACGGUGGGACGCACUGUAACGCGUGCGCGUACGCGAGAGGGGUGUGCUCGGGGUGCGGGGUGAAGAUUAUGGACGUGAGCGCGUACAACGGGCACGACGCGGCGGCGACGACGACGACGAACGCGAGGGACGCGGCGGCGAGCGUGAGGGAUCGCGCGGACGUGAGCACGGAGGACGUCGAGCGGAAGGAGGCGGUGAAGACGAGGGCGAGAGUAGGGACGAAGGCGACGGCGAUGGCGAAGGAGGAGGACGAGGACGAGGACGAGGGCGAAGACGCGGCGGAGGCGGAGGCGGAGGCGGAGACGCGCGCGCCGCCCGCGACGUCGACGGCGUUGGCCGGACCGACGAGCGCGGCGGACGCGGCGCGAGAGAUGGGACAGGCGGCGAACGGGGGUGAGGUGAGCGCGUGGCGGUUGGACACGAAGAGUGGGUACUAUUACGACGUCGCCGCGCAGGUGUAUUACGAUCCAAAGACGGGCGGGUACUUUGACUGUAAGACGCAGCAGUGGACGAUGCCGGAGAAAAAGACCAGCAGCGAGAUCCAGAAAGGAAUUAAAACCGGGUCGUUCAAGGAUGGCACGCGGAAACCCGACAGAUUCGGGCUUUGA